UUGCAUGCCACAUCCAAAAAAAAAAAAAAAAACCACAGAUUUUGGGGCAAACAACGUAAGACAAACCCAAGACAAUCACCAUCUCCAACCCCAAAAUCUGUCACUCAGUUUCGCCUCCGCAGUUUACAGUACAUCCAACCAAACACUUAAUCCACCCUCUUUCUGUCUCUGUACAUUCUCCAUGGAAGCCCUCGCAAGCUCUGCCUUCGUUCCGGAGGCGCACCCAGUUCUGAACAAUCCUACUUCAAUCAGAACGCCGAAUAAUCGAAGUGGGUUUCUAAAAGUCAGUCAAAGUUCUCGUUUUUCUGGGCUUCGGGUUCGAGCCCUGUCCGGGGAGGCCUCUGGGUCCGGCGAAAGUGAAGAGCUGAGGCCUCCGAAUAAUGGGUUCGGCUUGCUUUCCGAAGACACUCUCUCUUUCUCUCAGGGCGAUUUAAAUCACUUCGAAAGUAGUGAGAAGAAUGUGGAUGAGGCAUUAAUGGUAGAUAUGUCUCUUACAUCCCCUUCUGCUAGUGGAUCAGGAGGUGGAACAAGAGCUGGGCUCUUUAGAACUCCAAUUUCUGGCGGGGUACAGAGUGCAACUUCAGCUCAUGGUUUACCCCGUCCCGCCUUAGCUGUACGCAAUCUUAUGGAGCAGGCCAGAUUUGCUCAUUUGUGCACCAUAAUGUCUCGCAUGCACCACAGGCGACAAGGAUAUCCAUUUGGUUCUCUAGUUGAUUUUGCACCUGAUUCAUCAGGGCAUCCUAUAUUUUCGUUUUCACCAUUGGCUAUCCAUACUCGGAAUUUGUUAGCUGAUCCAAGAUGCACACUUGUUGUGCAGAUUCCUGGAUGGAGCGGCUUGUCAAAUGCUAGGGUAACCAUUUUUGGUGAUGUCUACCCACUCCAGCAUGAACAGGAAUGGGCUCAUAAGCAAUACAUAGCAAAGCAUCAACAGGGGCCUUCUCAACAAUGGGGAAACUUCUACUACUUCAGGAUGCAGAACAUAAGCGACAUAUAUUUCAUUGGUGGCUUUGGCACUGUUGCUUGGGUCGACGUCAAAGAAUACGAGGCCCUGCAGCCUGAUAGGAUUGCAGUUAAUGGAGGGGAGCAGAACCUGAAGGAACUCAAUGCAAUGUUUUCGAAGCCCCUAAAAGAGCUUUUAUCCGCCGAGUCUGAGGUGGAUGAUGCCGCUCUCAUAUCCAUAGACAGCAAAGGAACUGAUAUUCGGGUCCGCCAAGGUGCACAGUUCAACGUACAGAGGAUAUCAUUUGACGAAGGCCAUUCUGUCGAGACACUGGAGGAAGCAAAGGUUGCUCUCCGAAAAGUGAUAAACAAAGGGCGAGUAUUCAAGUUAUAGAGGUGAUGACAGGGAUUCGCUCGUGAUGCAUUUCCUUACAAGUGAAUGGACUGAUUGGCGUGGAUGGACUGUAAAACAAGUCGCUGUUGUUUCGAACUGGGGAAAAAAUAACCGUACCGUGUUUUGUCAAGUUAUAUAUAAUUCUGUUAACCUAUAGGAAAUGUAAUAGCUCCAUUAUUUAGUUUGGAAUUGCACGCGAGGUGUGUCUUGUUCUUAGACGUCUGGUGGCCCUUGUGCUACCGACACCCUUCAUCUUAGACACACAGAACUCUGCCUCCUCUUAUUACUCUCGUCAUGUGCUUCAAUAAUUUACUGGUCUUGAUAAUAUUUAUGAAUCUGUCAAGUCUA